AUGUCACCUCCUAUAUCAAAGAAAAAAAAAUUUAUUAAUGAUGGUGUUUUUCAAGCUGAGCUAAACGAGUUUUUAGCUCGAAUCUUAGCAGAGGAUGGAUAUUCAGGUGUUGAAGUCAGAGUUACACCAAUAAGAACUGAGGUUAUUAUUAGAGCUACUCGUACUAGAGAAGUCCUUGGUGAUAAGGGACGCAGAAUAAGAGAAUUGACUUCAUUAGUCCAAAAAAGAUUCUUUAAUAAAUCAACAAAUAGUGUUGAAUUAUUUGCAGAAAGAGUAGAGAACAGAGGAUUAUGCGCAAUGGCACAAGCUGAAUCAUUAAGAUAUAAACUUCUAAAAGGUUUAGCUGUAAGAAGAGCAUGCUAUGGUGUUUUAAGGCAUAUCAUGGAAUCAGGAGCAAAGGGAUGUGAAGUUAUUGUUUCUGGUAAAUUAAGAGCCCAAAGAGCUAAAAGUAUGAAGUUUAGAGAUGGAUAUUUAAUAUCUACUGGUGAACCAUCAAAAAGAUUUGUAAACACUGCUACCAGAUCAGCACAAUUAAAACAAGGUGUAUUAGGUAUAAAAGUUAAAAUUAUGUUGCCAACUGCAAUUGAUACCAGAACUGGAUUACCAUCGAUAUUGCCUGAUAAUAUUUCUGUUUUAGAACCUAAAACCGAUACAAUAGAUGCAUUAUAA